AUGCAAUCGGUGUUUCAAAUAGGACAAGAACAUUCAAAGCAGAAACGAAAUCGAGUUUCGCUCAACUGUUUGUCGUGUAAACGGCGCAAAAUCAAAUGUGAUCGAAAUAAACCGUGUGGCUCAUGUGUCAAAUAUGGGUCUGUUUGUGAAUAUCUGCAACCAGUGUGGACUAAAGCUGAACAAGAUGAACUGUUUUCUGUGCAGCGCUUGGAUGGUGGAAGACACAUGAGUGGUGAUGAUGUGGAUGAUGUUGCCGUCAAGAAACGCAAGGCGAACGGAGUAGAAAAGAGAAGCAGUGUUGCAGUAAAUGAGGGAACUGGUAAACCACAUGAUGGCACUCAUCACCGAGAAUCUGAUGACAGUGGUGUUUUUGCCCAGUUGGAAUUCUUAAAAUCUAAAUUGCACGAGUUGGAAUCCAAAGUACACGAUGACAAGUUAUCUCGUUCAUCAUCGCAUACCUCAACACCUGCUGUUGAAAAGAAACCGCUAGAUUGGGAAAGUAUCACCUCGACGAAAAUCAACGAUGCAUCGAACCCUACUUUUGUCGGAAUCAACCCUUACAAUGAAUCAAACCCUGAAGAAACUAUUAAUUUCUAUACCGGUUACUCGCCAGUGCACAUUCAAGACAUUGCUAGGAGAUACAGUCAUGGCCCGUUUGCCUGGUUAACUUUGUUGAAAAAGGAUCCAGCUCAAAGUCAUAUAUGGAAAUACUUGCACUCAGUUCGCCAGGAAAAUCGACAACGUAUACGUCAAACUCCACGGGCUGCAAAGUUACCACCGUUAAUCAAUCUUUUUAAAGAAGGUGGCCCUCAGAGCUUGGACAAGUCAGCGCAAGGUUGUUGUGGUACAGAUGGAGCUGGUGAGAAUACAGAAAUUAACAAGUUUGACCAGUCGAAAUGUAAACACAAGGCUGCUGGUCAAGAAUGGGAAUUUCGACAAAGGGCAGUAGAUCGUGAUGGCUUUAAUGACUUGAGGCUUUAUGGAAAUGUUCGCACCAAUUUCAAACAGCUGGGAAUUAGAGAUGGCACUACAGCAGCGAGUCCUGCAAAAGAACCAUCACAGGAUGACAAAACAGAGUUCAAGAAAGAUGUUCCUUUGAGUCCUGAUCCAGAAAAGAAAUCAAGGGGUGCCAUGUCAUUUGGAAAGGGCAAAAUCGAGGAAGAAUUGAAUUUAAUUGAGAAUUUACGAGGUUAUCUUCCAAAACAAAAGGUUAUUUGGAAGUCUAUUGAAUUAUUUUUCGCCCACUUGUACCCAUUUUUCCCACUACUUGAUGAACUGGAUUUUGUCCGUGAAAUGGAACGCAUAUUGGGACCAAAAGGUUAUAGUGACGACAAGAGUAGCGAUUUGAAAAUAGAAAAACGGUUGGACCUUGCAUAUUUGGGAACGCUUUUCAUUGUGCUUCGAUUUGCGUAUGUGGCAUUGAUAACCAACCGUAAAACAAUCAUGGGCAAGAAACUAGCCAGUGAAGCAGAAGAUAUCCAUGCUCUGGACGUGCAGUACUUGUUGAUGAAUCCGUCUGAGAUGAAUCUUAUUGAAAUGGCCGAGCUUUGUCUUGACCAGUUCAAUUUGAACCGUAGGAGUUCGCUUAUUGUCUUGCAAUGCACUUUUUUGCUUCGGUUGUAUUACAUGUUUGCUCCCGAACAUGGUGAUGGUGCAGAUGGUGGAGAUUCACUAGUAAUAAAUGGUUUAAUGGUUCAGAUGGCCCUUUCUAUAGGGUUGCAUCGCGAUGGUUCCCUUGUGACAAACAAGAAUGAUAUAAUAACUGAUGCAGAUUUUGGAUCUGGAAUUGAAGAGGAUAGUCCAAAGACUCAAAAUCUUCAUCGAAAAAUUUGGUUCUUUUUGGUUAUAUGCGACUUAAUCCAGGGAUACCAAUAUGGUAACCCAUUGUGUAUUCGACAAGAGAUGUAUGAUACUCGCCUCCCUUAUUAUCAAUUGGGGAACGAAAAUAUUGAUGAUGUUGAAAAGGAAAAGCAUGUUGUGAGUACGUUUGCUUAUCUUGAAAAAUAUCGGACAAAGUUGGUUGAUAUCUUGAACACUUGUUUGAACUUGCACACGCCUGCCAAUUUAAAAACCCUUACUAGCUAUAUCUCUGACUUUGAGGUGCUACUUAAUAAUAACUUUGGUAUAUUGAAGUUAUUUCUUAUACCCUAUGACAAAGAUAAUUACGCCUAUCCGUUCUUGAAAAUCAUGAAGUGCAAAAAUUAUAUCAAUAUGAAGAUGUUUCUCAAUGGGUUAUUGGCGCACAUGUUCAUCCAUUUUGAAUCGCAAGCAAAGAACCCAAAUCAGUCUUCUGAAGAACAACUGCAGCGGCAACUGUUGGCUUUCUUUUACUUGCGAAAAGUGAUGGCUUCUUUGUAUGGAGAAUUUUUACCCAAUAUUUUUCAACUUCUUUAUGACAAUCCGAAAAAUUUCGGUACUGAUAUCGGCUGCGAUUUGACUAUGAAUCCAUUUAUUGAGGCAAUGUUGCAUAAGAUAUCACAAUUCAGCUUUGCCAUGUUGACACGGUUGAAUUCCACAAUUUACUUGAUGAGGUCUGAUCCUGAAGCUCAUGAAUUGGGAAUGAGAUCGGGUCUUUCCUAUCGGUUGAAAUAUGCCAAAUUGGUCAAAUUGAGUCAACUUGUGGAGAUGAUUUGUGAAAUUGUCAUUACGGCUAUGUCACGUUUAAGUCAACGAUACUACUAUGCAUGGAAAAUUACUAAAGCUCAUUCGUAUAUUAUGAGUCAUUGCAUGAGAAAUCAGGAAUUUUUCAAACUUUUCCACGAAAAGAAACAGUUGUGGACAUUUUUGGAAUGCAGCGAUGAACAAUUGAAUGAGCUUACUACCAUUUGUGAAAAGGGACUGAAACCAUAUGUCAAAUGUAGAAAGAAGUUUAGCAAAAUGUUUGCUGAAGGGGCCAAUGGAGCUGCUCAUAGACACAAUUGUGCUGACGAGGAUGUUGUUGGGGGAGUAGCAGGUAAAGCCAAUAGUGCAGAGGCGGCAAACUUUACAGAACGUGACAAUAGAAGGGAGACAAGUAUGGCAAACGAUAAUGGUGGCAAUAUACGACCCCCUAGUCACCAAGAUCUGGUAGAUUCAAACGCACCAAGUACAGCAACUGACUACUCAAAUAUUAUUAAUAAUCCCUUGUCAACUGAAUCGUGGUCGAGUCUUGAUGAUUUCAACACGGUGUCAAAUACUGAUAUUGAUAACUUGUGGAUUUUGCUCAAGAUGAAAACCAGUCCAUUUAAUAAUGAUAGUAAUGUGAAUCAAAAUCAGGGUGAAUAUCAUAAUAGUUCAAAUUUCAGUGUGCAACUGCCGGUGAAUAAUCCGUUUACACCGUCGGGAAUGACUCCCUUUUGGCAAUCUUUUCCUCAACCGUAUCAACAGCUGCAACAACAUCAACAACAUCAACAGCAGCAGCAGCAGCAGCAGGGUUAUCAACAACCAGCUGAGUAUCAAGGUGGUAAUGGUGAUGACCGUAAUGGUGAUGAGACGCAGGGUAGCCAGUUUGGUGGCAAUUAUCUUGGUGAUGGCAACGGUGGCGAAUUAAAGACAUUAAACGAUUUUGACGUGUUUAACAGCUUCCCGUUGGAGGAAAUGUUGGGUAUAGCUAGUACUCGUUUGCCUUAA